AUGUCCCAUGAGAUUUUAGAAGUUCCGGUGAACAGUGAGAAGCGAAAAGUUGAGAUUUGCCACGUGACCGGGCGAUUUUUCGCGUCAAAAUCGGACUGCCCAUACCUGGAAUCAGCCGCCCAUGUCUGCCUAAACCGAAAUUCGGCGGAAGACGACAAAAAUUGGCACUAUAAUUCGAACUUGUUGCCGAUUUUAGACGAAUUAGUGGCAAUUUUGGUGGAAUUCGGAUUCGCUAACGUCAUCCGGUUAGAGACAACGCCCGACCGAGAGAUUCAGAGAAAAACGCUCGAAAUUUCGGAAAUUCCGUUUGAAAAUUCCAAGGAAUUCCGUACAAAACGACUUGUGGUUCGGGAUUUUUGGAAAAAAGGCUACUUCAUCGCCGAUGGCACCCGAUUCGGCGGCAACUAUCUCGUCUACACCUCGUCCCCCAACACGUGUCACGCCGAAUUUGUGCUCAUUUGUGCUCCGAUCACCGAUGAAGAACGAAUUUCGGCGAUGCGCUGCUGUAAUCAAGUGAAAAAGACACUUCUACUGGCCACCACUUCAUCAGAAUCCACACAACCACAUUAUACGCAAUGCACGUGGUUUCGGCCCGAAUUUUAUUGAUUUUUUGUCGAGAAAAUAAAGAUUUUUGCAU